GCUGAAGGUCAUGGCGCGGUGUGUGACUACUAUGUCUUGCGCGCUAAAAAUGAUAUCUCCCAAAUCCCUCGGCCUCAUAGUUAUCGGUGACGAAAUACUGAAUGGAAAAGCGAAAGAUUCCAAUUCACGACAAGUAUGCCUCACUGCCCCGCUUUUUGGUGUACGACUUCGGAAGAUUUCUGUUAUUCCCGAUGACUCAGAUGCUAUCGCAGAGGAAGUUCGCAACUAUAUGAACCGUUACGACUACGUAAUAACAUCGGGGGGUAUAGGUUCUACUCACGAUGAUGUGACAUAUGAAGGUGUUGCAAAGGCACUAAAUGAAAAGAUUAUCAUUCAUCCAAAGUUCUUACAAACCCUCAAGAGACUAUCAGAACCGAAUAUGAUUUCCUCUUCGGACCCCAUAACCAAACUUGCCAAAAUACCGGAGUCAUCUGAAUUACUAUAUGCAACAGGAAUCCAGAUGGAUAGUGAUAGCUCUUAUCCUAUUGGCAAAGUGAAAAAUAUCUUCAUUUUACCAGGAGUUCCAUGCUUAUUUAAUAUGGGACUAGAGAUAAUUAAGGACCAUAUCCGAGAUCCUAAUGUGAUAUUCUUUCAUCAUUCCUUAUAUCUUACCACUAUGGAAACUGAAAUAGCGAAGGAUUUGUCUCAAUUAGCCGAAAAAUAUCAAGGUUUAGUCAGUAUUGGAUCUUAUCCUGCAUUUCAUAACAACUAUUAUCGUGUUCGAAUAGCCUUUGAUUCACUUGAAGAAAAUACUCUGAAGUUGGCUUAUGAAGAAGCUGAACGCCUAUUUAAAGACUACAUUAUAAGGUAUAAUCCAUAUCCAAUCAAUAAAGCUGAUGAAGAAGUUUAUAAAUUAUGUAAGCAGGCAGAAUCGAAUUUGGGUAAACGUGUAGCUAAAUCUUUGCAGUUUAUAGAAGAAGUACUGAAUAAAUACAGAUUAGCUGGAUUUAACUAUUUGAUUGAGUAACUACACUGUUAUUUUCACACUACCAAUUUAUUCAUUUAAACAGUCUAUAUUAAAAACUGACCUUAGUCAGGCAAUCAUUUUAAACCAGUAAGCACUGGACAGUUAUGUCGUCCUAAUAUGAGACUCCUCAACAAUACCCAUUUAUGAAACCAUAGGUGAUCAAACCCUAGGACCUUGGGUUCAAUUCGUACCGUAAGCUUUAAAAUCCAAUAACCUGCGCAAACCCUCUGCGUUGAUACAUUUUUGUCGUAUCAUUUUAGAUAUUUAAUUACUGGUCAUUUUUUCAUGAACCUGGUAAAUUUAACACUAAAGGUCGAUGGUUUUUCUAAAUAAAAAAUAACAGAUAUGUGUAAAUAUGGGUUUUAUAUGUAAGAUUAGAAUGAAGAUUGUAAUCUAGUUCUUAUGAAAAUGGUGUCAUUUAAUUCUUUUUGAAAAAAUGAAAAUGUUGAUAAAAAAUGUUCAGCUUUUAUUCAAAGUAGCCGUGUAGUUGAUAUCAACAUUAAAUGUAUGAUCAUAUUUCGUUGUCUCCUUUUCUUCUUUAUAAAUUGAUAUCUAUUAAAGUGAAUAAAUAGGAUGAGAAAAUCUUGGCAGUGAUAUCAAAUCUUAUUUUUAUGUAGGUGACUAAUUUGCUACCGUAACAAAGGAUGGACUUCAUUGAACAGUUGAAUGAAUGAUAAAUUCGACUGCUCUUCCUCCGUACUACUUGUCUUAAUAAAGAAGAAUUCUUGUAAGCGGCACCUGACAUAUGAUUGUGUAAAUUUAUUAUUCAACGACGAUGCACCUCGUUACCAUAUACAUUUUUAACCACCCUAAAAUUUCUAUGAGAAAAUGAUGAAUAUUCUAAGGUAAUUAAUCCAUCAAUCCAAUAAACUACCCAAUGGCAUUAUUCUGAUUAUGUACCAGGGUAAACUGAAAUGUAAAUUGGGGGAACUCUUAUUUCACUGUCCAACUGACUAAAAUUCUAUCUUGUCUAGCCAUACCAUCCUACGUGUCCUGAAACAAACUAUAAGUUACAUUUUUCUCAGUCGGUGUUCAGUCAAACAACCAGUUUCAUUAUUGAAAUACCGCGUUAUAUAAAGAAUUCAUAGAAUCUAUUACAUCUUUUUUUCCUUUCAAAGUGAUUCUGAGCUGGUUAUAUGUUUUAAUGGUGGUAAAGAUUGCACAGCGUUACUUCAUUUAAUCCAUGCUGCAAUUCAACAUCAAAGUCAUAAUAAUAACAACCAUUCGGAAAAUAUAAAACCUACAAGAUUACCGAAACUUUUAUAUAUUCGUUCAUGUUCUACUUUUCCAGAAAUCGAACUAUUUGUUGAAAAAAUAGUUGAUGGGUAUUAUUCAUUAUGGAGUAAAAUUUCACGACCAGAUUUAAGACAAUAUGAACAGCGACACGCCGAUGUAAAUUCACAGACUUCAUCGUGCUCAAUGGAUAAUAGCGUAUUUAUAUAUGAGGGAUCUAUUCAAAGUGCAUUGGAAAGAUUUUUAGGGGAUUAUCCUGAAAUAAGAGGUGCCUUCAUGGGUACAAGAUAUACAGAUCCUGGAGCAUACAAAAUGUCUCAUAUGGUAAUGUCAGAUCCUGGUUGGCCUCAAAUUCUUCGGAUCAAUCCACUCUUAGAGUGGACAUACUCUGAUGUAUGGAAUUUUCUCCGAUCUCUUUCACUUCCAUACUGCAGUCUGUAUGACGCCGGAUACACAUCAAUUGGAAGUAUGGAAGAUACUCAUCCCAAUCCACAAUUAAGGUAUAUAACAGAAAGUGGACGAAUUGCUUACCAUCCAGCAUAUACACUGAACGAGGGGAUUUGUGAACGCAUUGGUCGUGUACAUGAGAAUACUAAAACUGAUUAAAGUAAAACCACCAUCUACUAGUUCUGCGAUGUAAUACUCGUAAAAUAAUUUUGUGAUAGAUAUUUGUAAUUUUGAAUAAAUAGCCAUAAAAGAUUGUUUUCACCACUGUUCAGUACCACACGCAUCCUGAAUACACUUUGACAAUAAAUUUUCAGCCAGGAAUAUGAACACAUAUUAAACCUAUCCUAGUUACUUCUUACUAAUAAUGGUAUUACAUAGAUUGGUGAGAUCUAUCUUACUGGUGUGUUCUUUAUAAUGAAAUAUCGGAACAAGUCGUGCAGGCCUACUGAUAAAUGAAACCCGCCACAAUCAUUUGUCACAUUCACCGGAAAUUUCGAAUAGAUUUGAAUACUACUUAUAUUCUCGAAAUAUCCCAUAGAGUUCUUCACUGGUCGAUUGGUAAUCGAAGGGAAUUUUCGAAUUUCACUUUGAGUACAUUUAGGUCGCUAGUUCGUAGCACGGUUUACAAUUUAAGUCUUCCACAUGUAUUAUGGGUUUAGCUACGCAAAGCAUAUAAAACUCUAUGAUAGUUCGGAGCUAGUUCUCAUUUCGAACACUGAAUUUCAGGGAAAAUGGCUUAUUUAGUUUUUGCUCAAUGGAUGAAGUCGUUUAAUAGUUAAAAACUUAUUGCAUGGCAAGUACACGAAAUUUAUAAUAAAGUUAUCUAUAAAAAAUAAUUAAAUAGUUUUACAAAUAAAAGAUUAUGGAAUGUUGGUGUAAUUCAUAAGAAUAAUUUGGUUAAUUAGGCUUGUAAUGUAAGAGUAGUCUGAUAACACCCACACAAUUUAAUGUGAUGACCCAGAAGAAGCUGUAAAAUCUAAUUCACUUUCAUCGUUUAGUCUGAAAUAUGAUUAAAUUGUGUUAACAUAUGUAUUUAAUGUGGUAUCAUCGAUACGUAAAAAGUGAUUAAAAGAGAUGUGCGAUUAAUUCUGGAUAUUUUCAAUCAAACAGGAGAGGAUUCUGUCGGGAAGUUUUGACGUUUUAUUUAGUUUGUAUCCAGAAACACCAGUACAUUACCAUGCAUUCUAUAACGCAGUUUAUGUUUUAUAGCACCUUCAAUAUUACGGGAAAUGUCAGUUACUCAAUCGUGAGACCUUUUUGUACAAUAAAACAGUUUGCUAGGAGACUGUUACGAAGGAUCAAAUGUGUAACCUGAUAUGUGCCGGAUUCUAUGUUCCAAAUGACCGACUGAUUUGGCAUAGUAGAAGGGAAGACCUAAUUACAAUUAAACUAGCUAACAUCAAAGUGCUUCGAGAAUUUUAGGUCAAGUAAAAAUAUCAAGCGUGCCGGCCUCAUCGUAUCGAAAAUAUCCACUGGUUUCAUUUUCUAUGGGGCAGUCAAUGUUUUUGCACAGUGUUUGGCAAGCGGUCUUCUUUCUUUGGCAUUCGUUACGGUUGUCUGAAAUUACCCAAUGAAUUUGGUGGUAGUUAUUAUGCUUGUCCGAAUAAAGUGAAUGACACAUCCAAAUGUUUAAAACUUACUUCGAUUGAUCGAAUUCAUCUAAACUGUAACAUAUUUACACAGUUACUUACUGAUCCCCAGUUUUUUAUACAUCGUUUCUCAGAUAUAGAGCAACAAUUAUUAUUAUUUCCUGAGGAUGCGACAGAAAAUUGUAAGUGUUGUCAGUUUAGAUUGCAAUGUUUAAUUGGUUGGUGGGUAAGAAAAGUUGUGAUGUUUGUACAUAAUAAUGGUUACUUUGUACAUUAUUGCGCGUCUAGUUCAAAUUGCAAUAUAAUACCUUCAAGUGUGUACAGUCUUAUAUCUAACUUGAGUGAUGGUACAUUCAUGACUACUAGAGUACAUAUUGAACAGAUCUUGGUAUUGUAUCCAGCACUCCUAAUCCUACUUAUCAUAACCCGACUGUUGUUGCUACCUUGACGUGGUGGUCGGGCUUGUCUAUCGUGAUGAAGCAACCGAGCU